UAGGGAAUUACGCUCACACAGAGUGAAUUAAAGAAAAAGUAAAGAAACGCAAAACUUGCAGAAACCAGCAAGUAAGCAGCUGUUCGGUGUAUUUCGACUAUUGAAAAUAAUUUGCUUGCUCUCGACAUUUUCGUUGUUUCCCAUUUAAAAGAACCAAAAACUUUAAUUUACUGAAUUGAAGCGUGUGAAAUCAAGAACACAAAAGAGAAAGCAAGAAUUGCUUCAAGUACUUCACAUCAUGUAAACCGGGUGUCAGGUUCUUAAAGUCAAUUAAAAAUUUGAAACAGGAGGGCAGCACUUUGUAGGUGUUGGCAAAAAAACACCUGACAUGAUCUGACAUUUCAUUCUGGCGUUACGAUAUUUUACAAUUAGCCAUUUAUCUUUGCACGCCGUGAAUUUACAUGUGUUGUAUUUAUUUUCUUGGUAUUUUAGAGGAAAAGUGUGCUAAUUUAAUUUAAUAGUUAAGUAAAACUGCGCAAGUACCACAAUUUAAAGUCAGUUAUUAGUAGCAGGUGCGUAAAUGUGCCACGAGUGUACCAUCUCAAUGUUGAUCGGGACUUGGGAUUGGCAGUUGAGUUGAAAGAAACCCAUAAAUUAAUCUUAUCACUCGAACAAGUGUGGAAAUUGCUUUUCGAUAUACACUUUCCGUCGUCAGGUGCAUGACGCAUUCAUCAUACAAGGAAACUAAUGUUUAUUGGGCGGAAAAGUUUAAAUCGAUUUUUCAAUUAUUAAAAAUUUUCGCCUGAUAGCAUCGGCAACAUGGUGGCUAUACCUUAUUUAUUUAACGAAAUCGAGCUAAUUUUCCAAAAUACACCACUCUUUGUAAUUGUAUUGGAAGCUUUUUUACUACUUUCGGUUAUAUGGUUGUUGCUUGUCAAACGCAAUGGGCGUGAUAAACGUUAUAGCAAAGAGGAAGAAGAAGAAAUUAUAUCUAAAUACCAACCGGAGCCGCUCGUAGCUGAGACCGAUCCAACUCAUCCGCUGCUGAAAACACGCUUGGUACAAUCAAAAGUUGGCAAACGUGUAGUCGUUGAUGGGCACGAUUGUCUUAAUUUGGCAACACAUAAUUAUUUAGGUUUACUGGAAGACGAAAAAAUAUUAGAUGAUGCCUGUAAGGCUAUAAAGAAGUAUGGUGUGGGCUCUUGUGGACCACGUGGUUUUUACGGAACAAUGGACGUGCAUUUGGAUUUGGAGGAUCGUUUGGCAAAGUUUAUGGGUAUGGAAGAGGCGGUGGUAUAUUCUUAUGGAUUUUCUACUAUAGCAAGUGCUAUACCAGCGUAUUCAAAGCGUGGGGAUGUAAUUUUUGCCGAUGAAAAAGUUAAUUUUUCUAUACAAAAAGGUUUGGAUGCAUCGCGUAGCACAAUAUAUUACUACAAACACAAUGAUAUGACCGAUUUGGAGCGCUUGCUAAUCGAACAGCAAAGGCGUGAUGUAAAGAAUCCAAAGAAAGCCGCUAAGACUCGCCGUUUCCUGGUUGCCGAAGGUAUUUACAUGAACACUGGCGAAAUAUGCCCUCUUCCCACUUUAGUUGCGCUGCGUGCCAAAUAUAAGUUACGCUUGUUUCUUGACGAAAGUAUUUCCUUUGGCACGCUUGGCAAAACUGGUCACGGUCUCACGGAGCACUUUAAUGUCGAUCUAAUAGAAGUCGACCUAAUUAUGGCCGGCAUGGAAAAUUCUCUAGCAACAAUCGGCGGCUUCUGCGUGGGGUCUCACUUCAUUGUAGAACAUCAGCGGCUCUCCGGCCUUGGUUAUUGCUUCUCUGCUUCACUGCCACCAUUAUUAACACAAGCAGCAAUCUCAGCACUGGAUCGCUUCGAAAGUCAGCCAAAAAUGUUUACAGAGCUACAGGUAAUAUCGGGCAAAGUGCAGGAAGUAUUUGGUAAAUUAUCAAAAUUAAAAUUGCACGGUAGCGAACUUUCACCUGUCAAGCAUUUGUACAUCGCCGAACAACGUGAGAAUGCGGAUAUGGAACGCGAGUUGCUUACCGAAAUAGCCAAUAAGUGCAUUACCCGUGGUGUUGCAGUCAUUGAGUCGCGUUAUCUGGAGAAUUUGGAAAAGCACACUAUACGUCAUAGUAUUCGUAUUACCGUGAAUCGUUUGCUUACCGAUAAUGAUAUCAACCAUGCGUUUGAUGUUAUCGAAAGUGUGACUAAUGAGGUACUGUAAAUUGCUCUCUUUUUUUUAGUCCAUUAGUGAACAAAUGAGUACGCCAAGGGCCUUAGGGGUACUUAGAAUCAAAUGGACACGUUUUAA